UUCCGUUUGGUGUGGCCCCGGUCCUCACCGAAUCCGCUCCCGCUUACUUUAGCCGCAUUUCAAAGUCCUUUCCCUCCGAAACAGGCCCCAAAAAUCUCUCUCUCUCUCUCUCUCUCUCCGUAGAUCUGAAAAUAAGAGAAGGCAUGUCGAAGAUAAUCCGGGUUUUGAUUGGAAUGUGAUUGGGAAUUCGUAAAAUCGGAAAAACCUGAUAAUUUGGAACAAGAAAGCUGUGGGAUGAUGAAUGGAGAUGAUUCUUGCGGUGGGCUUUUCAAGCCCCGUAGCGUGUUGGGUGAUGUAACGAAUCAAAAUGGGAAGAGGGGAUUCCCAUUGAAUCUGGGCAAUUUCGUUCUUGGUAAUGGAAAUGGGUGUUUGAAAAAUGGGGAUGGGAAAGCUGAAAAAGAUGAUUUUUUGCGCCAUGUUUCUUGUGGCGUAGAGAAUUUGGAUAAAGGGAAAGAGAAUGCGGGCAGUGCGUUGAUGGUAUCUGAAAAGGUGGCAGAUGGUAUUGACAGAUGCUUGCCUUUCUCGAAGGUGAAGCGUGCCUGUCAUUCUGUGAACUCUGACAUCGGUGUUGAGUCCACCCAAGACACCAUAGUAUUGGAUGGGAUUAAGGAGUUUCCGAGUUCAUCGAACAUUGAUUUGCAGUUGAGGAGAGGUGAUACCUUGAUGCAUGGAAUUACGGAGGGUGAAGGGUCGAGAGAUAGCUGCACUUCAAGCAUUUCUGUUCCCGCACAAUGUGAUAAAGCUAUGGAAUCCUCAACUGCACCGGAACAAGAAUCCCAGGAUGACAGUGUGAUGGUUGAUGCUGAUACUACAGGAAAUGCCAUUGGAAUCGAUGAUGUGAAGGAAGCACUUGUAAGACAUGCUUUCGGAAAGAAUGAGAAGGGAAAAUAUGUUGUAGGGGAUGUGCAGUUUUUGGCCUCAAGUGGUGGCAGUUAUGAGUGUGUGGAUUCACGAGUAAACUCAAUGGGCACUGAUGCUGUUCUGAGUCAAGAAUCCCUGAACAAAUCGAGUGUAAUCGGGUCAUCCGUUUCUAAAGCUUCUAAUGUAAAAAUGGAUGUGAGAUGUAGCAGUGAUGACGUGCUUAAUACUAAUGACAGCUUAGGCUCGGAGAAAGCUUGCUCAUGUUCUUUUUGUAUGAAAGCUGCUUAUCUGUGGUCGGAUCUCCACUACCAGGACACCAAAGGGCGGUUGGCUGCAUUGAACAAGAGCAGGAAAGAAGUAAAACUCUUGUUAGCAAGAAACUAUAAUCAUGAUGAUAUUCAAAGAGUUGCUCGAGAGAGCUUCAACAAAUCUACAAAACUGGAAUUUAAUCUCAUGAAUCAAUGGAAGUCACUCUUCAUUCAUACUGAUGACGUCCUUGUGCGUGAAAUCACCCAGCAACAAUCGAAUCUCUUCAAGUUAAAGGAACUGAGAGAGCAAUGUGGGAAGGAACUCGAUAUCGCUGAAAAGGUGCAUUCAGAUAAACCUUAAGAUGCUUCUAAUGAUUCUGGAUCACAUGUAAGUUGGUUGUUCUCUAAGUUUAGUUAGUUGGAAACAAGAUACUAGGGCUGCUUUUAGCGUCUUUGAUUAGGAUUUCUUCUUAAUUCAAUCACAUGGUGCUUGUAUCAGUAAAACAUCCAUUUCAUUUAUUUAGUAUUUGCUGUUGUGUAUUGAUUCAAACAUCUAAAGAUCUCUUGAAACUGCAUUGUGCUCCACUCCCAGUGAAUGCUACGAAGUUAAGAAAUGCUCUUAACUGAACCUCCAAUGGGUAGGAUGAAUUCCAAUAUUUUGUUUUGUUAAUUGGUUUCAGUUAACUAUAGUCUUUUCUGUCAGAGUUUCCUUCA